AUGGCGCCUCCCGCAGGCAAGCGCGUCAAAGGCGUGCAAAUCUACCGACCCUUCAUCUACGGCACGACGGCGCGCCCCUUCAACGACACCGACAACCCGCGGCCGGCGAGCGUGCCCGCCGACCACACGCACUCGUGGCAGGUGUUCGUCAAGGGCGUCGACGACACCGACAUCUUCUACUGGCUGCGGCGCGUGCAGUUCAAGCUGCACGAGUCGAUCCCGAACCACCUGCGGACGAUCGACGCCGAGACGAUCCAGAAGGAGAACGAGGGGAAGCCGCCCGCGCAGCGCCAGAAGGGGUUCGUCGUCAACGAGACGGGCUGGGGCGAGUUCGAGAUCACGAUACGCUUGUAUUAUGACAGUCGUAGUAGCGAGAAGCCGCAGACGCUGUACCACCACCUCCGCCUGCACCCGUACGGCCGCACCGAGGCCGAGAAGGAGGCCAUGCGCAACGGCGGCGAGGUCGUCGCUUGGGUCUACGAGGAGCAGCUGUUCAACGAGCCGUUCGAGGACUUCUACAAGGUGCUCACGACGGGGGCGCGCGACAAGCACGCGCCCGCCGGCGGGAAGGGCAAGGGGAAGGGCAAGGCCGCCGCUCCUCCGACCGAGAGCGGCGGCGGUGGAGGCGAGGUCAAGGAGCGCAGCGCCAUGAUACCGCUUACGAAUAAACCCGGACAGCCGUUCAGCAGGGAGACGGAGCAGCUGGAGAUCAAGCGCCUGAAGGAGGCCGAGGACAAGGUCGAGCAGAUGGUCAGGGAGAUGCAUAAGGCGCUGCGCGAGAAGGAGGCCGAGGCCGCGGCGCUCAAGCAAGCGGCGGCGGCGGCUGCCUCGUCCGGCGCGUAG